AUGAUCUUAAUAAUUAUAAUUAAAACUUUUAAUAAAAAUGCUAGUAGAACUAGUAAAACAAUCUUAGAAAUCACUAGCAAAAAUAGCAGUGAAACUACUUAUAAAAUUAAUAAUAAAACCACUAGUGAAAUCACUAAUGAAACUGCUAAUAAAACUACUAAUGAAACUACUAGUAAAAUUACUAGUAAAAUCAUUAGUGAAACUACUAAUAUAUAUCUUUAUAUAUAUUAUUCUUUAUCAACUGUUAAAUAUUCAUCAAAUAAUAAUAAGAUGAUUGUUGAUACUGAAACUGAUACAUUAAUGUUCGAGGACCAUGUUGAUGAUUUUUUUAAAUAUGUAGUAAAACAAAUAUAUGCUAGUAAAAAUGAUUCGCUUUAUGAAGUAAAACAAUAUUUGGAUAAACAAAUUGCCAUAUAA